CCUUCGCAAAUCCAAUCCACGUGGAGGCUCAGCCGUCAAUCACUGCCACCCGCGUACCUCUUUGUUGCCCUUUCCCAGUCCAUUCAUCCAGUCGUGCAUAACUUCCAACCCCUCUUCAGCGCGCCUUUCUGACUUAAGAGGAGAGAGACAGAGGCUCGUUCGAGUCUUGGACAUACCACCGCUUGCAGGAUGGAUUCGGCCCUACAAGAGCAAAUAAGGAAGGGCAAGGGUCUGAAGAAGACGCAAACCAAUGACAGAUCGAAGCCGGCAGUAGCAGGAGCGGUCGGCGGGAGUGGUGGUGGUGGUGGAGGCAGUGGAGGCUCUGGCCUGGCAAAGGCGCCUCCCGUUCCCGGGGGAGGAGGGGCUGCUGCAGCUCCAUCAUCAGGUGGCCCUCCUGCGCUCGCUGGGCUGUUCGCAGGAGGUAUGCCCAAACUCAAGCCAAGUGGCGGGCCAGGCGCACCGCCUCCUACGGUCCCCGCAGCCCGACCCCCUCGGCCGCCUGGAUCGGCUGCACCACCACCACCUGCUCCUCCGGCACCUGCAGCACCUAAACGGCCUGGAGGGGCGCCCCCGCCGCCGCCACCACCACCCGCGCCUGCUUCCAGCGUGGCCACGCCUCCACGAACAGCGCCGCCGCCACCAAGGCCUCCUGGGCGAGGACCACCUGCCCCGACCAGCGCACCUCCUCCGCCGAGACCACCUCCGAGCCUGCCCGGCCGAGCACCGGCAGCUCCUCCGGCCCCUCCUCCCCCUCCUCCUCCAGCAUCAUCGAGCCCGGCUCCCCCGGCCAGAACCGUUCCACAGGCACCUGCACCGCCAAAGAGACCUGGUGGUGCUGCGCCUCCGCCCCCACCGUCGAGGCCAAUGUCCUCCUCCUCGACUGUUGGUCGGACCGUGCCUCCACCACCACCCGGCAGAGGCUCUCCCUCGUCGCCAUCAACUGCGGGCCCAACGAGAAGCGUGCCCCCUCCGCCCCCCAGAGCGUCAGCAGCGUCCAGUGCGCCCCCGCCUGCUCCCCCCCGUGCCCCUCCGGCUCCCUCGCGGAUGCCAGCUGCGCCGCCUCCACCGGCUCCUCAGCGUGGCCCAGCGGCUCCUCCACCGACGGCUCCAUCCCGUGCUCCGGCUGCGCCACCUCCGCCAGCGCCAUCUCGUGCACCUGCAACGCCUCCAUCUCGUACUCCUGCCGCACCUCCCCCACCGCCUCCGGGCCGAGCGCCACCGCCGACGGCUGCUGCGCCCCCACCUCCCUCUGCCGCUCCACCCGCCCCGUCCUCUCGCGCCAGCCUACAGCCAGUGGCCCGAGCCAAUGGGUUUGGUACCGUCGGCAACGGGACUGGAAAUGGCACUGCUAGUUCUACCGCCCCAUCAGGAAAGAGUGUGUAAUCUUCGUCAAGCCCACUACCACAUGCUGACAUUUUCUCCUCUCUCUCCUAGUUCCCUCGCCACCGCCAACUUCUGGUCACUUGUCAUUCCCCACCGCGAGCUCGUUCCCUGCUCCGAGAGCCUUCGACGAGGGACUCAAGAAGAAGUACCCGAGCGGCGCUGGAAGG